AUGGCAGUCUCGGAUGGUAUGACUUAUGGCUGGACAUCUCCCAUGAUUCCAUAUUUUAUGAGCAACUCCACACACAUUGAAAUGUCAUCAAGUGACGCUGACUGGAUGGAAACCAUCAAUCUUCUUGGUUAUGUUGCAGGACUGCCUUUCACUAUUCUAAGCGUUGAAUAUUUUGGCAGGAAAACAUCCAUGAUUUUAUCAGCCAUGUUAGGAUGCGUUUGUUGGAUACUUUUACUCGUUACCAUGAACCUGCCAGUUAUUUAUGUUUCCAGAUUCCUUGCAGGAAUGGCAGGAGAUAUGUGUUUUGUGGCUGCGCCAAUGUACAUAGCAGAAAUAUCGGAUUAUAGAAUUCGAGGUUUCUUAUCGUCGCUUAUUUAUUUUAUGAUGAUUGUGGGAAUUCUCAUAGUGUAUUGUACUGGUGCAUUAGCGCCUUAUUGGGUUACUCCUGCUGUAGGAAUAUUUUUCACUGCUUGCCAAUCAGUAUUUGUAUUUUUUUUGCCUGAAUCACCGUAUUAUUACGUUUAUAAAAACCAAAUUGAAAAGGCCAAGAAGGCUUUGAGAAGACUCAGAGCUCACGAUGAUGUAGACAAAGAAAUAGGUGAAAUAGAAAAAGAAGUUGAAAGAGAAAGAAAAGAGAAAGGCAGACCUAGAGAUUUAAUAAUGAUAAAAAGCAAUCGUUUUGCCCUGUUUAUUUGUCUUAUUUUAAAUGGUGGACAACACUUUGUUGGGAUAAGCGUAUUUUUAAUGAACCUACAAAUUAUUCUCGAAGAAGCUAACUCUGAAUACAUUGAAUCUUCUACAGCAUCAAUAAUGUUUGCUUUAUUAAUGCUCAUAAGCACAGGAGUGGCUUCAGCAUUUAUUGAUAAAUAUGGCAGAAGAUUUUUGCUCAUAUCUUCAAGUUUUACCACUGGCUUAGCCUUAUUAGUUUUAUCCAUAUUCUUCCACCUCCAAUACAACGGACAUGACGUUUCUGGAUUAAGUUGGAUACCAGCAGCCUGUGUAAUGAUAUAUGCAGCUACUUUUAAAGUAGGUCUUGGAUUGGUGCCAAUUGUAAUGAUUGCUGAAAUAUUUCCAACAACUGUUAAAGCUUUAGGUAUGACUGUGGCAGAUGUUUUCUACGUCUUGGGGGCUGUUUUAUCCAUAAACCUAUAUCAAGUGUUUUACGAUAAGUUCGGAUUGCACGUCCCUCUUUACAUUUUUGCUGCUUGCAGUAUUGGUAUGAUGCUUGUCACAAUUUUCUGGAUACCGGAAACAAAGGGGAAAACUUUGGAUGAGGUUCAGCUGAUGCUUAAAGGGGAGUUUGUUAAGAAGGAUAAAAACAAGAACGAAUUGAAAAUUAAACCACAACUUCUCACUGAUAACUCUCCACAAAAUAUUUUUUAUUUAAAUGCUGAAAAUAUUAAAGAUAUUUAUUCGAGUAAUGAACCAUACAUUUCCACUGCUACUGUUGCCACAAGUGACAUAUCACCGACCGAUACGAAUACUUUAAAUGAUAAAUUAUUAACAAACAUUAUUGAAAACCAAGGAAUAAUUAUAGAAAACCAAGCAACUUUACUCGAAAGCUUGAAAGGACUUGGAACUAAUGAUAAUAAGCUGAUAAUCUUUCAGCAGUUAUCAAAAUUUGAGGCUAUGGCAGAUGUAAUGGCAGAAAAAAUGACAAAUAUGAACAGCAUUAAUAAUUGUUCCUGUAAAAAAUCUUCUCAGAUAGUCGAAGAUAUAUACAUAGACCGCAUUGAAGCAGUAGAACAAUUUGAUGCAUUUGAAAGUAAGCUAAAAGACAGAAAAAUAAUGCAGGAAAAUAUAGAAAGACUUAGUCAAGUUUGUGGAAAAAGAGGUGAUGGCCAUGGAGUUAACAACUGUUACAUAUUAAUUGAUAGGAUGUUCUCCAGAAAAUUCAUGACCCUGUGCUCGUGGGCUGGUGGCGCAAGAGGAGAACAGGAAAAAGUGGCUUAUAAGAUGUAUAAAAACGUUAUUUCGCUUUUUUUUAACGUCGUGCAUUUAUCAGACAAAAGUUUCACACAAAAAGACUGCGAGGAUUUUAUCAAAAAUGUCAUAAGGAACUCGACCAGGAGAAGCAAAAGCGAUCUGUUAAGAACUUCAGCUAUUAAAAGAAGGCUCCCUAAGAAACCUGCUUCUGCCUCAGAGGAAAUGGAAAAACCACAGGAAAAAGUUGAUUCCAAUGAUAUCAUUGAAAAUGAAAUACCUACGUUAGAUGACGAAAAUGGCAUGGAAGAGCAAUGUAACUCUGAUGCUUUAUCCGAUAGUCAGGAAUGCGACCAAUAA